UGGCAUUUUCUCCUCCCUGCGCUCAGUCGGAGAAAGGUGCGGUCCAAUCCGCGGAGGCUCGACCCGGAAGUCGCUGUGGCCGCCGCACAGGCUGCGCUCGCCUCUCGAGUGGGGAACUCUGUGUCGCACCGAGUCCUUGGGCCAGGCGUGUCCUCCUCGGUCGCCACUGGCCCAUGAGUCCCCAUGGCGACGGCAGGGGCCAGGCCCGGGGGCGGGCAGUCCGAGUGGGGACGCGGCGCUCCGGGGGCAUCCGCGGCGGCAUCGCGGUGUUCGCCGCCGUGGCCGCAGUGUUCACCCUCACGCUGCCCCCCUCGGUGCCUGGGGGAGACUCGGCCGAAUACUGUAAGUGAUAUACCACUUCUCCAUUUUAUUCCUGGAAGUUCAUCAGUAAACCCAACCCAUAUUCAAGGGGGAGAGGAUUACACAGGGGAACUGAUCACAGCCGCACAUGAGCUUGGAGUUGCCCAUCCUCCUGGCUAUCCUUUGUUCACGCUGGUGGCUAAACUGGCAAUUACACUGUUUCCUUUUGGUUCAAUUGCCUACCGCGUCAAUCUUCUCUGUGGCUUAUUUGGAGCAGUAGCUGCAUCGUUACUUUUUUUCACCGUUUUCAGGCUUUCUGGCUCAUCUGCUGGAGGAAUCCUUGCUGCGGGGGUGUUUUCAUUUUCUCGUCUAACAUGGCAGUGGUCCAUUGCAGCAGAGGUUUUUAGCUUAAACAAUCUGUUUGUGGGGCUGCUUAUGGCUCUUACUGUACAUUUUGAGGAAGCAGCAACUGCUAAGGAGAGAUCAAAGACAGCUAAAAUUGGUGCUUUCUGCUGUGGCCUUAGCUUAUGUAACCAGCACACAAUAAUACUCUAUGUUUUGUGCAUAGUACCUUGGAUUCUCUUUCAACUUUUAAAAAAGAAGGAACUCUCCCUGGGCUCUUUGUUGAAGUUGAGCCUGUACUUCUCUGCUGGUUUGCUGCCCUAUAUCCACCUUCCCAUCUCAUCUUACCUUAAUCACGCCCGGUGGACCUGGGGAGACCAGACAACGCUGCAAGGAUUUUUGACACAUUUUCUCAGGGAAGAAUAUGGAACCUUCAGCCUGGCCAAAUCUGAAAUAGGAUCCAGUAUGUCUGAAAUAUUGCUUUCUCAAGUAACAAAUAUGAGGACCGAACUCUCAUUCAACAUCCAAGCCCUUGCAGUUUGUGCAAAUAUAUGUUUAGUAAGAAAGGACCGACAGAAUCCAUCAUUAGUAUGGCUUUUUACUGGGAUGUUUUGCAUUUAUUCAUUGUUCUUUGCUUGGAGAGCAAAUUUAGAUAUUUCAAAACCACUUUUCAUGGGUGUGGUGGAACGAUUCUGGAUGCAGAGCAAUGCGGUAGUGGCCGUCCUCGCUGGCAUUGGUUUGGCUGCAGUUGUGUCUGAGACUAACAGAGUGCUGAAUAGCAAUGGGCUUCAGUGUCUGGCAUGGCUUUCUGCAACUCUUUUUGUAGUUUACCAAAUAUAUUCUAAUUACAGCAUUUGUGACCAAAGGACCAACUAUGUGAUUGAUAAAUUCGCAAAGAACCUUCUCACCUCUAUGCCUCAUGAUGCAAUUAUCUUACUGAGAGGAGAUUUGCCAGGAAAUUCUCUCCGUUACAUGCAUUACUGUGAGGGGUUGAGGCCUGACAUUUCAUUAGUGGAUCAGGAAAUGAUGACUUAUGAGUGGUAUUUACCCAAGAUGGCAAAGCACUUGCCAGGUGUCAACUUUCCUGGGAACCGGUGGAAUCCUGUGGAAGGAAUAUUACCUAGUGGAAUGGUCACAUUUAAUCUUUAUCAUUUUCUUGAAGUAAAUAAACAAAAAGAAACAUUUGUUUGCAUAGGAAUUCAUGAAGGCGACCCAACCUGGAAAAAGAACUACUCACUUUGGCCAUGGGGGUCUUGUGACAAAUUAGUUCCUUUGGAGAUUGUAUUCAACCCUGAGGAAUGGAUUAAACUUACAAAAAAUAUCUAUAACUGGACUGAAGAAUAUGGAAGGUUUGAUCCAUCUUCUUGGGAAUCUGUGGCCAAUGAAGAAAUGUGGCAAGCGAGGAUGAAAACACCAUUCUUCAUCUUUAACCUGGCAGAAACUGCUCACAUGCCUUCAAAAGUGAAAGCUCAACUCUACGCUCAUGCAUAUGAUAUGGAGGAAGGGGCCAGGAGUAAAAGAGUUCAGGCCACCUCUGGAGGAAGUAAGAAAGGCUUUAUAAGGAGAUUGUCUAUUUGCAAAAGGAGCACCCAGUGAAUUGGCACAAGAACUAUGCCAUUGCCUGUGAGCGGAUGCUGCGUCUUCAGGCAAGAGAUGCAGACCCUGAAGUGCUGUUAUCUGAAACCAUCAGACAUUUCCGUCUGUACUCUCAGAAAGCACGGAAUGAUCCACAGCAAGCUGAUAUUUUAGGUGCUCUAAAGCACCUGAGAAAAGAACUGCAAAGUCUGAGAAACAGGAAAAAUGUCUGACACAGCAAAAUAUGAAAAACCUGCUCAUCAUUCAGCUUCCAAAAUUCUGAAGUCCGGAAGUUUUUUCUUCAAGAAAAGAAGCUGCAUAAAAAAUUUAAAACUAAGUCAUCUCCCAGAUAUAAGUAACAUGGUCCAGCAGUACUGUUUAAUGGGGUGUUCAGUGACUAAGAUCUACUAUUUAUGCAAAAUUCUGUUUAUCCCAUGUUACCAAAUUACCAUUUCAGUGAGAAGCUUUAUGAAAAGUCUUCUGACUUCCAGUCUUUUACCAGAUGACUGCGCUGGAUUAGAUUCUAGAAGAGAAUGAACCAUUUUCAUAUAACUAAAUACUGACCAUGAACUGUUUAAGGGCCAUGCUUAUUGGAAUCAGUUUUAAAGUUAAAUUCUUUUGAUAUUAAUACCAGACCAAAGACAUUUUCUGUUUCCUGAACAAAAAGAAUGAAUCAUGUUAGGCUUUAGGUGAGAGUACAUUUUUUACAAAGUAGCUAUAGUUGUUACAUAGUCUUACACUUCAAGCUAAGCACCAAGUGGGUGAUAUUUUGAAAAAAGUUUGUGUUUUACUGUCUUAGAUCGUUCUCGGAAAUCACUGAAAAAAAAAAAAAGCUAAUUUGAUGUUUGCUUAUUUCAGUUGCAGAAACUGGUGAGUAAAAAGGAUUUUGCAUUUUCUUAAUUAAUUUUAUAUUUAUGUUUUAUUUCUAUCUGGACUCAGAGAUCUAGGCCCAAUAAUUAGUAGGCUCUUGCUGCCAAAAUGCAAAGGGGAAAAAAAUGGCAGGGAUUGGGGGGGAUGGGGGAAGUGGCUCAAUAAAUUCAUUUCUGUUACAAGCAUCUUUUAUACAUAUUACUAAAGAGAACAUAGUAAGAAAUGCAAAUAAUAGUUCUUUAUUUUAUUAUGACAGUUAAUUAAUAGCAACCUGUUUUAAUGAAUAAAGUCACUCAGAGUCCUUCAGCACUUCCUAAGUAGAGGCCAGAAUGUGUAGGGCUUCUUUUCCCCCCAAUUGUAUAGCUCCUAGACUCCAAGCACUAUAUAGGCCCCUGUAUAGAAAUGCUCACUAAUGAAGAGGGAGGGCUAGAAGCUUGUCUGCAUUCAAAGAUCACUGGUGAGUCAUUCAGCAAGAAAAGGCCCCUUACCAGGAAUAGUCACAGUUCCGUGGCAUUGUACUAGCAAAAGGGUCUGAUCAAAGGUCUCCUGUGGAGCUUGCAUGGUUCCCUUUCAUACUACGACCAUAAUUAAAACCACUAAUUCUCUUUUAAAAUGCUGCAGGAUGCCAUGUAGGCAUCUGUCUGGAGUGUCCUUUGUGAUGUCAUAAGCUGUUAAGGACCAGUGCCGAGGGCUUUUGAGUGAAAUGCCAGUCAUGAAGGUGCUUCAAGACAAGGGUGCCUCUAAAAGCUUGACAGGGCCUUGACUGCACAAUUCGAGCUGAAUUUGCCCCUUGUCAGCUGCCAGUAAAUAAAUCUCAAAGGGGGAAAAGCUGAAGUUUCAUUACCUGAUCCAUGGGGCUUUGUUGGUUUUGGCAUCACACAGGGGAAGCUCUUGCCCCUCCAUUCUCUGGAUUUGAAGAUGUCCAUUGGAGCCUGCAGUGCCUGGACAGGGUUCAGAGCGGAACCUUUUGAAGAGUGUCAAUAGUUGUAACAGUUCAGCUGUUAGGAAGACAAAUAAAUGGAGGAGCUCAUUAAUCCGCUUUUGGCUCUCAGUGCCUUUUGCCCUUUUAUCACAGCCUUAUUAGGCUCCUACUCAUCUUGAACCAGAAAAAAAUGAAUUGAAGUUGUUGAGUACUAAUUGGCAAAGACUUUUAAUCAUGGGCCAAGAACUUUCACUGACUUGAAAGUAACUUCUCCACAGGGAAGGACCAAAAACCUGGUUUACCUUAAAACAAAAACCUGUUGGAGUUCAGUGUGGUGUAAAAAUGUAAGGAAGCGUUGAUAAAUUGUCUAAGUUUAUCCAUUCGAAAGAAAUUGUGUAAGAUUAUGAUAUUCUCUUUUCUUUUAAAAAAGAAAGUACAAUAAAAUUCAAACAUUUCUUAGGAAA